UUGAAAAAUGAGGUUUGAGAAAUUUUUGCGCAGAUGUUGGCUCCUCUGCCCAUUGGGUUCGCGGUGUUUUUGGUGCAUUUGGCCACCAUUCCGAUCACCGGAACCGGCAUUAAUCCGGCCAGAAGCCUCGGCGCCGCCGUCGUCAGAAGCUUCCAGAAGGGAGAGUUCGAAAGGGUCGGAGGCGGCGCCAACACCGUUAGUGCCGGAUUUUCUAAAACGGCCGGCCUUGGAGCUGAGAUCGUCGGCACAUUUCUGCUGGUCUACACCGUCUUCUCCGCCACUGACGCUAAACGGAACGCCCGCGACUCCCAUGUUCCGGUCACCCUCAAACUAACUUCAUUCUCUAUUCUAUUCAUACACUCCAUUUAAUAUUUAUUUCACUUUUUUUUUUAUCAAUUUAACGGAGCUUAACACCUACUCCAUCCAUUAUUUUUUAAAAAAAAUUAUAUAUUU